AUGCCGAUCCGUGCACGGACGCACAUUAUGAGACGCGCUGCCCGGCGAGUCACCGCGCUGUUCGGCGGCAAGACCGCAGCCAAGAAGGCUGCGGCGGAGCCCAAGAAGGCUGACGCGCCCAAGCCGCGCUUCGGGCGCCUCGGGCGCGCCAAGCAGGCCGCGGCGCCCGCGCCGACGCCCGAGCCGGCCGCGAAGCCGAAGUUCAGCCUCUUCGGCGGCGGCAAGCCGGCCGCGAAGCCUGCCAAGGCGCCGGAGCCCGCGCCGGCGCCCAAGCCGGCCUUCAGCCUGUUCGGCGGCGGCAAGGCCGCGAAGAAGGAGGAGAAGGCGGCGCCCGCGAAGGCCGCGCCCAAGCCGCGCUUCGGCCGCGCGAAGCCCGCCGCCAAGGCCGCCGCGCCCGCGAAGCCGGCUCCCAAGGCCAAGCCCGCUCCGAAGGCCGCGAAGGCCGCGAAGGCCGCGGAGGCUGGGCCCGUCCCGAUGGUGUGCCUGGACUGCGGCUACGUGUACAACCCCGCCUCCAACCGGGGCCGCGCGUUCGAGCAGCUCCCCGCCAACUACAAGUGCCCGGAGUGCGGUUCGGGCAAGGACCGCUUCAGGACCGAGAAGGAGCGCGACGACGACAACACGCCGCUGAUCGCCGUCGGCCUCCUCGCGCUCCUCGCGGGCGCCGGGCUGUACGUGUCGCAGAACGGCAUGCCCUUCUAA